AUACCCUCUUUAUAUCAAGAAAAUACUUCUAAACAACAACAACUAUUAACUGAAAACACAUACCAACAAUCUUCACAACAAUCUCAGCAAGCUAAUAACCAAAAUCUAAUUGCAGACCAAAUCAAACCAACAUUUGAUUGGCUAGCUAACUUCUCA